AGUUUGGGUUGCUCAGAUCAGCUCAGAUUCACCAUCAACCAAUCAUAAGAGCCGCUAUUCGGUAAAUUCAUAGAAAGCCUCAAUCUUUCUACCAUCACCACAAAUCUCAAGAAUAUUGCGACAGUACAUACCGGCGCUCUGGUGCUAAUUCGCCCAAGAUGGUAGGCCCUCCAAAUAUUUCGAGUUAUUUUUAAUGGGAUACAGCUAUUAAGAUAUUACAGGUGCUCAUAAUGGGAGUUAACUUCCACGAGAAGAAGUUGGUCAAGAAAGCACUUGAAACUUUCUAUGGGCUUGGACCACAAUCCUCUGCGCGUAUACUAGCGAAGUACACGAUACAUCCACAAGCCAGACUCGGCACUAUUGCCCCGAAGACGAUCACAGCUUUAACAACCGAAUUGUCCACCAUGACGAUAGAGAACGAUGCCAGGCGAAUAGUACAAGACAACAUCAAACGGCUGAGAGACAUGGGAACGUAUAGAGGAAGAAGACAUGCUAUGGGCCUGCCCGUGCGCGGACAGAGGACGAGGACACAGAUCGAGACGGCGAAGAAGCUCAACACCCUCGAGAGAGGAGGGACAUAUUCCAAGAUUUGAAGACAUUUCCUGGACAUACUUAGCUCAUGAGUAUAGGAAUGAAACAUGUCCCGAAAUCGAGUUCAUAAGAAUCCUUAGGAAAGGCGUUGAACGGGUGUUUAUAGCAGCUUCUGGGCCUCUAGGAAUAGGAAGAGCCGAGAAUAGACGUAUUCUUUAUAAGCUACUACUACUGUACAGGUAGUCUAGGGACAUUAUUCCCUUACAUAAUUAAACGUAGAUGCCACAUUUCAAGGACAUUAAGAUCUCAUGAAAUGUUAUCUACAGCACUAUCUUAAACGACUAAAAACUUACCAAUUUGAUCAUAUUGCCCCAUGUCUGUAUAAUGACAUAUGACUAUUUUAAUUACUACUACGUAUUUAGGUAGGUAGUGACAUCUGAUCAAUUAUUUUGGAGGGUCGCUUACCCCAUUGAAAAUGACCGCAGGCUAAUUUACCAGUAAAGCAUCAUGGGAUACAAGAAGUAGACGUCAAGGAUCAUGCAGAGUCGCUUA